GAGGCACAAUCUUAACUCAAGAGAGUCUCCGAACACAUCAUGAAGCUGCUUCUGGUUUGCAUUGGGGCUGUCCUCCUGGCUGUGUGUCAGGCAGGAAAUAUAAAAGGUGGAUCCGGUGGCGGACACGGAGGAUCUGGCGGAGGUUCCUUUGGAGGAGGAUCCUCUGGAGGCUAUGGCUCUCGUGGUGGCUCCUCCGGUGGUGGUAGCAAAGGUGGCUCAGUAGGCCACGGCUCCUCUGGAGGUUUUGGAGGAGGAUUUGGAGGAGGUUCCUCUGGAGGAUAUGGCUCCGUUGGAGGUCAAGGGGGCCGGUCUGGAGGAGGAUUCUCCGGCGGACGUGGAAGUGGAUCCAGGGGUGGAGGAUACGGGAAAUGAAAUUGCUUGCAUGCAGAUGCAGAGAACUAAAUUGACAAUA